AUGAUCUAUAUCAAGGCCCUGCUACCUCUCGCCCUUGUUGGCCUUGCGACAGCCCGGAACUGCACCAACAUCAUCAUCGAAACCCCCAUCGUCUCCCGGCAAGGAAAGUUUCGAGAGGUCCCACUUGAGAGCAAUGUGGAUGUCGGCGAAUUUGCAACUCGGCUCGCCAAGUUCCAGAGCAACUAUAGUGCAGAGUUGCUCGAGGGAUACCAGACUUUGAAAAAGACUUUCAACAUAUCUGCUCAAUACUGCGAGCCCGAUGGCGGAAGCAGUGAUACCAUCCAGUUAUUGACUCACGGCAUUGGUUUCGACAAGACAUACUGGGACCUGGAGUACGACAACUACAACUACAGUUAUGUCAACGUUGCUCUAGACGCAGGAUACAGCACACUCGCCAUUGACCGUCUCGGCAUCGGAAAUUCGUCGCAUGGAGACCCCUUCAACGAAAUCCAAGCCCAAGCCUCACUCGAAGCCCUCAACUCCCUCACCCUCCAACUCCGCAAUGGCACAAUCUGUGCCAUCGGCCGCCCCUUCAAAAAAGUCAUCCACGUCGGCCACUCCUUCGGCUCCGUCCUCUCCUACUGGCUCUCCGCCAAAUACCCCUCAAACACCGACGGCCUCAUCCUCACCGGCUUCUCCGUCUCGUCCCAAUUCCUCCCUUACAUCAUCGCCGGCUGGAACCUACACAGCGCACGCCUCAACCAGCCCUUCCGCUUCGGCAACGCUUCCAACACCGGUAUCCGGAAACUCGCAACGCAGUAUUCUCUCCUUUCAAACCUCGCCUCGGGCUUCCAGAAAAUACUCAGGUUCGCGGGUGUGAAUCUCGCGGCCAACGACGUCUGGAACAUCUUAUCGACAACCGAACUCUCUGAUUUUAUAACCGGGUAUAAUAAGUCGGAAGUGCACUCUUUGAAUUACCCAUCAGGGUACAUGACGCAUUCCAGCCUCACAGCCCUCCAAUACGCCUUCCUCCAACCAUCCAACUACGACAUCAACCUCGCACUGCACGGCGAAGCAACGAAACAAGCCGUGACGGCCGGCGAGCUACUCACCAUCGGUAGCGGACCCGCCUCAUCCUCUUUUACGGGCCCAGUCCUCGUUAUCACAGGGGAAACGGAUGUACCGUUUUGCGGCGGAAAUUGCUACGGCAAGAUUCCCGGCAUGCAGUUUGAGAAUAUGAUUCAGGCGGUUGAUUUGGUGUUUCCGGGAAAAAAGGAGGGGGUAAUGGCAUAUGUGCAGCCGGAGACGGGGCAUGGACUUAAUUUUCAUUAUAAUGCUACGGGGGGGUAUGGGGUUAUGCAAGAAUUUUUGGCCAGUAAUGGGUUGGCUGCUUGA